CAAUGUAAUGUGUGUGUGUGUGUGUGUUGUUAAUAGAGGUGUGUGAGGUCAGUGACAUAUAAAAGCCAUCACAGUGAGACACACACUCAAACACACUGAGCGCUGACAGGCUUCACACCUGAACCUCACACACACUCGCACACACACUCAGGAUGAUGCGGAAAGGACAGAACUGUCGUCUCCUCUUCAGCUGCAUGUUGCUCAUAGUGCUAACAGUCGCUCACAGUCAGGAGAACAAGAGGCGUGCAGUGACGGAGCAUCAGUUGAUGCAUGAUCGUGGUCGCUCCAUUCAGAGUCUCAAGAGACUGAUUUGGCUCUCCAGCGCCAUCGAGAGGCUUCACACGGCAGAGACACGCUCUUUAUCCUCCUCUGUCUCCUCCUUCAGUAAUAAUAAUGAUGAGGAUGAGGGUAAUUAUGAAGAUUCCUACAGCUAUCACCCUGUGAUGGGCACUGGUGUCCACCAGAGGGCGCUGAAGCUGCUGCUGAGGGACAUGUACAGAGAACAGCCUCCAUCAGGGAGAAAUCAGCCCAAUAUUCUACACUAACUACAGCAAACACUGAAGAGGAACUGCUGUAGCCACAAUACACCACAGAGACAAGGAUUUACAUGCUUCAGAAAACUACAAGAAUAAAGUAAAAAAAAAAAAAAGGGAGAAAAAAGAUUAAAUUGGUUAUAAAUAAUCCCAAACUGCAGACAAACAUGCAAAAAUAAAAGCUUUACCAAAUGUACCAUAUAACCCAAAACUUCAUGCAACAGCUGGAUAGAUAGAUAGAAUAAAAAUAUAUAAAUAAACUGCAAUACAAGCUACGAAAACUGAAAACUAAUACUCAUAAAACUGCCCAAAAUAUCUAAAAUAUAAAUAAAGAAAUAACUCUUUAAAUAAUCGAAGAGAAUAAUCACCAGAGUGAUAACUAAGCGCACUAACAUCUGUCUUUCCCCCGACUUUAACUCUAAUGUACAGCACUUAUUCUGUGUGAUACAAAAUAUUAUUUGUAUGUCAUUUAAAAUGAAACUGUGACUUCAUUAUGUGGUACUAUGAAAUGAAAAGAAAAUGAAAUGUAUUAAAUUACAUGUAAAUUAAAAUAAAAUUUCAUUUUAACAUGU